GCUGCUUGGUUAGCGCAUAUGGGGCUUUGAGCAGCACGACAGUUAGAGAGAGCUCCAGAGAGGAGGAGGGCUGAGCUAACCCACAACAAGCACCAUCACGGCCAUCGCAGACAGGCAGACGGACAGACGGCAGGACGGACACGCGGGCGGCGGCUGUGAUUGGCGGCUCGGCGGCAGGCUGGUGGAAGAUGUCGUCGGGAGCCGGUGGGAGGGGUGGGCGGCGGCUCAGGGGUGGGGGGGGAGGGGAAGCAGUGGAGGAAGGCCCAGUGGGCAUCCCCUUCCCCGAGCACAGCGCAGACAUCCUGGGCAGUCUGAACAAGCAGCGCCUCAGCGGCCUUCUGUGCGACGUGCUCCUGAUCACCCAGGAGAGGGAAUUCACUGCCCACCGUUCGGUCCUGGCCUCCUGCAGCUCCUACUUCCACAAGUUGUUCACCUCGGGCCCGACCGCCAGCCAGCAGAACGUCUACACCAUAGACUUUGUGGCGGCCGAGGCCCUGGGCGCCCUGCUGGACUUUGCCUAUACAGCCACGCUAACGAUCAGUCACAGCUCCGUGGGAGACAUCCUGGCUGCCGCCCGCCUGCUGGAGAUCCCGCCCGUCCAGGAAGUCUGCACUCACCUGCUGGACACCAAAGUGCUCUCCCCGCCGGCGGGCAGUGAGCGAGGAGAGGAGGAUGAUGAUGAUGAUGAUGAGGGGGAUGGUGGGAAGGGUGGAGGAGGAUGGGGGCAGCAGGGGAAUCGACUGCGGGCCCGGGAGUAUCUAGAAUACUUCCAGAGAGGGGCCCACUGGAGCAGCAGCUGCAGCACGCCAGAGCUCAGGGACAUGCCCACACACCUGCACUUUAACCAUGGCAAUGGGUCCCACAGCAACGGGGGCCCCAGCGAGUUCUGCUCUCCCCUGGACCUUGCCCAGGCCCCCACACAGGACCCAGAUGAUGAGGAGGAGGACGAGGAGGACGAAGUAAAGGUGGAGCACUCUGAGAACCGCAGGGACAUGCUGACCUGGGCCAGGGGGAAUGGAGGGGGGCCAGGGGCCUCUUUCUACGCCCCUGCCCAGAACGGCCAUUUCUUCCUCCCCACGAAGCCCAAACUGGAGCCGGAGGAGGAAGAGGAGGAAGAUGGCAUGCGGGAUGGGGAGAGAGGCUCGGCCAGCGCACUCCUGCAGCAGAUGAUGGACUCCAUCGAGAGGCAGAAGGAGCGGGCCGCGGCUGGGGAGGAGCUGGGGGAGGGGGAGGACCCGGACGUGGAGUUUUACUUGAAUUACUUUAACAGCACACAGCAUGAGGACGCCGCCGUCUCACAGGGACUGCUGCCCCUCUGGGCGACACGGGGAGGCUCCAGCCAAGAUAGAGGGGGAGGAGAGAGGGGAGGAAGAGGAGGAGGAGGAGAAGAGAGAGGAGGGGGUGGAGGGGAGAGGAAGAUGCGCUCCAAGGCCUUCCAGAAGUGCCCAAUCUGCUCCAAAGUCAUCCAGGGUGCAGGCAAGCUACCCCGCCACAUCCGCACGCACACGGGAGAGAAGCCCUACGAGUGCGCCAUCUGCAAAGUGCGCUUCACCAGGCAGGACAAGCUCAAGGUUCACAUGCGUAAGCAUACGGGAGAGAAGCCUUACCUGUGUACGCAGUGCGGUGCUGCGUUCGCCCACAACUACGACCUGAAGAACCACAUGCGCGUGCACACAGGCCUGCGGCCCUACCAGUGCUCCAGCUGCUUUAAGACUUUUGUGCGUUCAGACCACCUGCACCGCCACCUCAAGAAGGACGGCUGCAACGGUAUCCCUUCCCGCCGGGGCCGCAAGCCUCGGGUACGGGACCCCGGGCUCCUGGAGGCCUCCAUGGGGCUGGUGGGCCCCGGCCCUCGCAGUGGCAGGGAGAGACGGCGCAUGGAGGCAGCCUCGGCAGAGGGGGCCUCCAGGGUCCAUGCACACAGUCCCCAGCCCCAGGAGAGGCCAGAGGAGCCGGGGCACUGAGGCAGGGAGACAGGGAGGGACGCUGGACGCCAUAGUCAUACUUGGCCCGUGGAGGGGCCGCUGCCGAAACAAGAGGAGGAAAAAAAACAUGCUAAGGCAAAAAAACAAAAAACACAACUAACUAUUUCUCUAUAAACCAAAUCAGGGUGUCACAAAUCUAAUAUUUUCAGUUUCUUUUAUUUCUUUGCUUUAGGAAACAGUAGACACAACAGACAAACACGAGUCAGUGUUCUGUUAAAUAGCAAGGAACGCUUCAAAUCACACACCCAUGAUGUCUCCUUUCUGGGUCAUUUCUGUCUGAUCUAGGUUUUUAUACAUUUGGCAAAAAUGCUUUAUAUGCAUAACAAAACAACAGAAAACCCUGAGCAAACUAUGCAGUUAAAAUAGGUUUUGAAUUCAGAGCCAAACGAUGAGGUGUCCCACACCUACUAACUGCUGCAGGGGUGAACUGAGUGUAAUCUCUCAUAUUCAGAUGGAAAGCAACCAAUCUUUUUCUAUUCUUUUGCAGUUCUAAAAUGUACAGUUACCAUAGAAACAGUAUUGUCAGAAUAUGGCAAUAUAUGCAAGAUUAACUUACCCACACCUCUGAUGCAGCUUCCUUUUUUCUAAAGGCUUCAGAAAGAAUCAGACAAGGGUUUGAUUUAAGUGUUACUUACUCGAUAAAAUAUUUUUUAAAAAUCUAUGGUUCAUCUUUUUUAAAUGUCGAGUCGAAUCCACGUUUGGGGGGCUCUUCCAUUGCAGGGGUAGGGAACGAGGGGGUGUGUUUCUGAAGCACUACCAUGGCCAUGGUGCCGUUCGGCUUGACCACGUCGUUGACUCUUAGCCCUCACAACCCUGACAUUUCAUUUCUAUUUUCUUUUUGAUUUGUCUUUGUUAUUGUUGUUUGUCCCUUUUUGAGUGACUGCUUUGGGUACUUGACACUUUACAUUUGUAUACAUGCGUGUGUGUAUAUAUAUAGAUAUACACAUUAGGUGGUGAUGAUUUAAUGCUGAGGUAUAUUAGCUUACCAAUCGGGGUUUCCUUCGGCUUGAUGUCAGAUUUCUCACAGAGUGAAGCUUGUGGGUAAAAGAGAAAGGAAACUAUAUGAAUGUUAGAAUAUAUUGAAUUUAGAAACCCAUUGGUCCUAAACUUAACACUUGAUUGAGAUGUAUAUAGAGUUCCUGCCUGAAGGUAGAAGCGAUACUAUGUGGUUAACUUUGUGCAGUUCUGACAGGAUCUGUCCUCUAACCAACAGCAGGUUGAAAGAGGAAAAGCAGGGAUAGACCGAGAUAUAUACGUUUGCACAGCUUCACUAAAGAGAUCCCACAGAGAGAGGUAUAUUUAAAGGAGGUUGUUGAGAAAAGGUGUGUAUUAGUGCUUAUUCCAAUCUUUUUUGCCCUAGGGACCACGAAACCAUGAGGCAACCUGUGUGAUGAAGAGAGCAAUAAAUACCUGUCCAAGUUGGGAGGCCAAAUAAGCACACAGCUGCAGGGUGAGGCAGGUUGAGGGGAGGGGGAUUUCACAAUGUCUGUUGCAUUCCAAAAUAUAAUCUCCCCGGCACAGCCACUUUUCCAGGCAGAACGGGUUCAAAUCAGACGUUUUCUCUCUCUCACUUUAGUUCUCCAUCGCCCCAAAACCAGCCUGUGGAGUACAUGGUAUUAUAGAGCCCUGGGUAGAGGUCUGGUCGGUGGCUGACCGGACUGCUGCUAGGUGUUGGUGUGUGUGGCAGCCAGGGUCUUUUCUCUGACUCACUCACUAGACUUGGGCUGGGAGUGUCAGCAGCUCCUCCAGUUGUGGACACGUUGAAACAUGCUCCCCAAACUGCCAGUGCACUAAAAGCCAGGCAGCCAUUAUAGUGGGUAAAAAAACAUGAGGGCAGCCACCAGAGAUCGUGGGGUGUUGCUCCACAGCCUUAUGACGUGUGUUUGGAAACGGCCACUGGUUCACAUAGAUCUGAACACGUUUGUCUUUGUGUUUUGAGUCGCUUGGCUUGUCAACUCUGUGUUUUUAACCAUACUUGUACACUGGUUUUGGGGCAAAGGAGAGUGUGCCGUGCCGGUGACUGUAGAUUGAAUUCCCCUGCCAUUGCUGCAAUGCUGUGUCCUGAGUAUCAGUCUUUUGCACCUUAAUGGGAAAGAAGCAGGUUCUGAAUGCACUUUGUUACUGAGAAAGGCACUUUUGUCAAAGAAACGGGUACUUUGAAACAAACUAAGGUGAAUUCGCUUAAUAUCCCCAUCGCAAGUGGUUCCGUUAAGCUUGUUCUCUGGUUUUGUUCAGUUUUUGACGACAAGCUGCCAAAAAAGAAAGAUGUAUGCGUGUUUCGGGUCUCUUAAGAGAAGUCAGGCGGGUUCAAAAAACGAACAAUGUUUUGUGACCUUAAAAACUUUUUUUUUUAAAGACAAAAUAACCCCAUGUAACUGAUUGCACUUGAAGUUAGGUUUGGUAAAACAAGCUCUAGUGAGUUGUCUAUGUUCAUGUCUUAAUGCAGAGUGGGGGGUGUGAGUGUGUGUGCAUGGCUGGAGGGUCUCAGGGCAAGCCUGGAUAAACAAACUCUAUCUCCACCCAUCUGUUCACCAGCUCCCUUCAUAGCUCCACAUAUUAUCACAGAGAAGAGAACGCAGUCAGACACUUCCAGACCAACUGCACGGCAGAUAGACCCUUUUCCAAGUAGUGGCUAACUAACGGUGUGUGUGUGUGAGUAUACUUGAAACUUCCACACACCCCCAACCAUCUUUUCCAUCACUUUUCACUGCUUUGUAUUCUGUUGAAAUCCGUAUUUCCCUGGGAUGUUGACUCCUUCUCUUAGAAGAAUGCAAAUCAAUAGUCUGUCAGUAUUUGAUAUAUACAGAUCAAGUAGAAGACAAUGAGGUAGAUGAGAGGGGUUGAUAUAUGCAUAGCCUGACAGCCAGGAGCUCAGGGUAUAGUCAUGUAUAUGAAUAGGUCUGAUGAAAGAAGCCGUAGUCAGGUGAUCUGUUAGGGGUUCUAAGUUAUCACUCAAGUAUAUGUAGCCAUCAAAACGUAUAAUGUUCUUGGGCCUUAAUAUUGUGAUUUCAAGUUGUAUUCCUGUUUUAUUUCUUUAAUCUUGGUUAAGCCAAAGCUACCCUGAUUGUACAUAGUACACUCUUAUAGAGUUCUCCCUAAAUUGCUAUUCAUGUCUUGUAUAUGAUAUAAAGGUAUGAAAGUAAUUCUAAACAUAUCCAGAAUGAGACCACCUCUGACCAAGCCACACACCAACAAAACCCACCCCCUCGAUAUGUAUGCAGGAAAUUGUGUAGAAUCAGUUCACAUUCUCUUUAUUUCCGUGGACUAAAAUCAAUGGUGUAGAUGGAAUAGCUUCUCUUUUAUGUCUUUAUGUUGAAUUGUUCUUAAAAAGGUGUCCCUGCAGCUUUUCACUUUUUUCUAAUCAACUUUAUGGCUGUUUUGUGUGUGGGUCGGGGUAUAGGAAUUGGUUUAGGGAGGGUAGGGUAUUUUCUGAGUUCGAUUAAAGGGGUGUUUUGGUUGGGGAUAUAAAGCCUGAUAGCACUGGAAAUAGUGCUUUAGCUGAGACAGCGAGAGUUUGCACUAAAGUCCUUGUCCUACUAAAGGAAGGAGGGCGUGAGACCUCAGCAAGGCUCUUGAGUUUCUGUGAGCACAGGGUGUUAUACACUCAACGGUCCAACACAGACAGUCCAUCCAUUCCCCUAACCAACAGACUUAAUCAUGUAGAGGUUCUUCUGAGAAGUGUACCAACAUUACUUAACCAAACCAAAAGAGAAAGACUUUGAUAAGUCGUCACAACAUGUUGGAUGUAUGGGAUUUGAAUACAUCAAAACCUGAAGGUGCUCUGAAAGUUUUAGGAUGGUACACACAGAGGAGAUAUAUAUAUAUAUGCAUGCUGCCUCUGGGAGGUAGUAUGACAACCCUCUGAGCAGUGUGUUUAGGGUCUAGAUGUAUUCAGGUGUCCUUCAGUUAGUGAGUGUCCCUGGGACUCUCUGGCCUGGUCUGAGGACUAAGCUUUGUUUAAUGGGUCCAGUAGAAGUCUGAGGCUGGGCCUCCGUCAAGCUCCCAGGUGGACAUGGGUCAUGGGCAAGAACGGGACUUAAAACGGAAGGAAUGGAAGAACCUUUCUCUCCCUCAUUCUAAUUUUAGAGCGCCUUACACUGACUUCCACAUAGUUAGAGUUUAAAAUGUGGAUGUUGAGUGUGGCUGUAAACCUUUCCAUACUGAACAUUGGGACGAUUGGCAGGUGGGGGACCGAAUCAAAAGACAAUAUAUAUUAAACUGUCUGGAAGUUGAUCUCUAGUGAGCCACACUCUCAAUCCAACUCCCACUGUAGUGUUUGACCAAACUACUAUGACUUACUUGAAUGAAUUGGUUAUUGUGAGAAGUGUCCCUGUGAGAGAAACAUACUAUGUAGUGGUGUAGCUCUCUCGUGGUCCUAUGCUCCCAUUCCUGCUGAGACCUCCCAGCCUCCGCCCUAGACCACCGUUACUCCAACACGUUACGCUGAGAUGUCUCACAUCUCCUUAAAGAGAACACGUAUCGUUGGGGAUAAUCCAAAAUCCACCAGAUGUUUUGUUACUAAUUCACUAUGACACAAAAUUAAAUGUCUGAAAGCAUUAAAAACGACACAAAACAUUUGAUAACAAUUAUGAUUGUAAUAAUCAUGGGACAGGAGUGGGUGCUGGUUGGAGGAGAGUGUUUUGUUAGUGGUGCUGCACACCUGAAUGUCCAGGCUGGUGAAGCACAGCAAGUUGAGGAUGACAUAUGUAGUAUGGCAUAAUGCACAGCGUGGCACUGGCACUUACACAGCCAUCCCUGGGGCCAGAGAGGCUGUUGGCUGGUUGGUUGGCCAGUUUAGGAGUUUCUCUACGUCAGUGGGCUACAAUGGUUUGCACAACGUGGGAGGGUCAGGAUUGGGGUGGGACGGGACUGGACCAAAUUGGUCAGCAGCGACGACAUGGGAGAGACUAGAUCAGGGUUGCGGUGCAAUGGUUCAGGUUGCCCCAUCUUGUUGUGUUUCACUGGGAAUGAUAUGAUGUAGCAAAAUUGUGGAACUGGUGAUGGGGAAUGUUGAUCUAUUUUUCUGUGCUUCUAAGUUGAAAAACAACACUGAAAUACAUGGUGUUCCUGUUUCUGUUCAGUUUGUGGUUUGAUUCAGAAUUAACAUCUCUUUCUUUGCCUUCCAUGUACAAUUGGCAAAUUGUACCAAUGUUUAAAGAUAAUGGUUUUCAAAACAAGGAGUGCGGAAACGGUUGGUUCCCCAUUGCCAUGUGACUGACCCCCCCCCCCCCUUACUAUUGUUAAUGUUGAUUCAAAAGCUUGUCUGUGGGAGGGAGAGUGCUGAGAAGUGUGUGUUAAUCAGGUUGAAAUGUAUAAAAGUAGCUGGGUAUAAGAAGCACGGGGGGGGGGGUUCUCUCCAGACCUUGGUGUCCACUUCACUACUGACUGGCCUUUGAUUACAGAUCACAGGCCCUCAGCAGGGGAAGCUAGGAGGCAGAGGUGGAGAGAGAGAGAGACUUGUGGUUUGAAGUCACCAACCAAUAGAGGAUACAUUCCAUAACUUCAUACUGUAAUUUCCACUAUUGAGUCUUGGCGUGGGGAGACGGAGGGGGUGGAAGGAGAUGAACAGUCAGCGUUUUACAGCCGAGUGUUUCAAUCUGUCCGUCCCCCCUUCUACCACCCCCAGUCUGACAGACAGGCAGUGAAUUGGGCCUCUCCAGACCUGGCCAUCCAACUGCCUGUCUGUCUCAGCUUCUGCUAUUGUAACAAAGCACUUUGCAAAAGGCCAUCCAGAAUAUUGUGUGCUGUUGUUUUUUUUUGGUUAUUACUAUUGUUAUUAUUCUUGUUUAUAUUUUUGUUCUCAUUAUGGAUGAUUAUUUAAAUGCAAAAACUUCAUGAAAAAAUGAAAACUUGAAUAUUUGGGUUUAGGUCCAUUCGAGCUGCCGCCCCACAAGGCCAUACAUACACUUCUGGCACACACACCGUCUCAGCUGAUAGAUAGAUACUCCGAGUGGAAGGGUAAAGGCAAGGUCUCCCUAUCUCCACAUACAAUCUCAAAUAUAUUUGGAAAACAAGUCAUGUAAAAUCAUUGGGAGAGUUGCAUUGCACAGAAACUUCUAUAACAUAAGCUUUCUGAGAAGGCGAACUGUGCUGUACUACUUAAUGUCAAACAUGCAGAUUUAAAGCUGUUUUAUUUUGUAUCCCUCACAUCAUUUACACGUAGUAGCCACAUUAAUGUAUGUGGUGUCUAUGCCCUACACUAGUGACCCUUGUGUAGCUAAAGUAAAUUGCUGGAUCUGGUAUAAAAUAGACACAACCAAAUGAUUAUGCCAUUUUUUGUCACCUUUGGAGUUAAGGUUUUUUACAGAAUCGAUUAAUUGAUUGGCCUCGAUAGAUUUUUUUAUUUUUUUCUCUGUCAAAUCAAAAUUAGUUUCAGCAAAAUAUAGUAUGCAGACAUAUAGCAGGUGUGAGGGAAAAGAGUUAUUAUCAUUGUAGAAUGAUUUCUGACUGUAAAAAUGACAAUAAUCAUCCAUACUAGUUUAGAACUCUGCUGCACAUUUGGGGGAGGCAGAAUAUUUCCUGUCAGGCUUGGAUGCUAAAAACCCUAUCCUCUUCUUUAAAGUCAUUUUCCUUAAACAUCGGCUGUUAGUGUCUGUUGGAAGUUAUACGGAGAUAGGUGGUUUUGGAGAUUUGCACUUUUGGCUACAAAAAUAAAUUGUGUUGUAUAUGAGACCACUAAAUCCAUACCAUCUAAACCAUAUAAUUUCAUUUGUUUCGGUUUUUGUUCUGUUUUUCUUUUUUAAUAUAUCCAAAAAUGUCUGUUGUCCUGGUUUAAAGAAAAUAAGAUCUUUCUAUUAAAAAAAACAAUGGUUGCGA